GCCGCCAGCACCUACAACGACACACACAGAUGACAGUAGUUCAACGCUGACACUCGACAACCGUACCAGUCUACGCUUCACUACCGUUUCUACUGUCUACGGCCUACCCUGUCAGAGUCCAGCUCCCAUGGAAACAAGAAGCAACACAUCACAAAGAUAUUAGACACAAGAAGCAGGGAUUUCUGACGACAUCACACUGGCCACAUUAACCACAUCUGGAUGGUUGCAUUGAGCGAAUUGAAUUGAAUUGCGAGAGAGAGAGAGAGAGAGAGAGACUGAGAGCCCUCCACCCUCCAUCUGUUCACUGGCACGGCUCUCAGCAUCCUCAGCAUCCUCGGCUCACUGGCGGCCGGUGGGAUUAGACGCGUUGUGCGUGUCGGUGCGUGUCGGAUAAAUUACGCGGAGAGGCAUCGCUUGGUACUUGGGAUCGAAUAUGCCAGUGUUGGGGGAAGAUCGGAGCCUCAUCUGAUUAGGAAUCGUGAAAGAUGGCGGCCGCAGCCAAGCUGCUGACCGGUGCGGGCCUGAUGCUGGCUCUCGGAUCCCUGUGCCUGCUCGCCAUGGCUAUCUGCACCGACUACUGGUACGAGACGGACGCGCGGCGGCACCGGGAGCGCUGCAAGAGCUACGCGAGCAACCGCAACGACCCGGGUUACAUCUCCAUCUCUAACCGUAACCUGCCCCUCAAGAUGCCACCGAUGAUGCCCCAGAAAAGCGAAGCUCUGGCCCGCGACAGGAGGCACCUGGCCCCGGUGCCGGCCGCUAUGGAGUCGCAUUGCAGCCGUCGCUUUAACUCCACGGUGUCGGGUCUGUGGAGGAAGUGCCACCGGGAGGGAUUCGACCUGGAGACCGAUAAGCUCAUCUACAAAGGUCUUAUUCAGAGAUGCACGGCUGUGACGUACCACUACACCUCCUCCGUUCUGCCCCAAAACCUGCCAGUCAACAUCACCAAAACCAUCCGUCAGGACGAGUGGCACGCCCUGCAUCUGAGAAGAAUGACAGCAGGCUUUGUUGGAAUGGCCGUCUCCAUCAUCCUGUUCGGGUGGAUCAUCGGGGUGCUGGGCUGCAUCCAGCAGCAUGAUCUCAUGCAGUAUGUAGCUGGACUGCUCUUCCUCAUGGGAGGAACCUGCUGUAUCAUCUCUCUGUGCACAUGUGUGGCGGGCAUCAACUUUGAGCUCUCACGGUUCCCUCGUUACCUGUACGGCCUUCCCGAGGACAUCAGCCACGGCUACGGAUGGUCCAUGUUCUGUGCCUGGGGGGGUUUGGGCCUCACGUUGCUGGCCGGGUUCCUGUGCACCCUGGCACCGUCCCUGAGCGGCCCUUUAACACGCACUACUGUCCACAAACCUAGGAACGAGAACGGCACUGUGUGAGGAACUUUAUCACAGAGUAUUCACAAGAGACACAUAAGAUCAGGAUCUGAACUUACCUACCGGUCUGUAAUAACAGCUCUCAUCAGUGCCAGGACAGAGGGUGGGAGCGUCUAAAGCUCCUGGGUUAGAAA